AUGACAGGCAAGACGAACAUUCUGCUCUUCGGAGCCACAGGCUAUAUCGGAGGCGCCGUCUUGAACCGCCUCCUGCAACAUCCUAAUGCAGACAAGUUCGACAUCACCGCGCCCGUGCGGUCUCCCGAGAAAGCAAAGCUGCUCGAGCAGCUGGGCGUGAAAACCGAGAUAGCCUCUCUCAGUGACCAUGACAAGAUCGAGUCGCUCGCCUCGCGCGCGCACGUCAUCAUCAACGUGGCCAACUCGGAUGACUUGCCUGCCAUAAUCGCGCUUCUGAAGGGCGUGCGCAAGGCGUACGAAACUACUGGGAAACCUCCUAUCCUCAUCCACACGGUCAAGCCAGCGGAAGGGAAAUACGCGACGGAGACCGUCUACUCCGACCUGAACAUCGACCAGCUGAAGGCGAUCCCGCCGACAGCCUUUCAUCGCGAUGUUGACCUGGCUGUCAUCGCGCAGACGAGCAAGAUCCCCGCAAUUAUCAAGGCGUCGCUGGACAGGAAGCGGUCGGGCGUGGUCGGCCCCGGCAAGGCCAUCUGGCCGCACGUCCACGUCGACGACAGUGCCGGCGACAUGUACACCGUGCUCUUCGACGCGAUCACAACAAACCCCCAGAGCGCGGGCCACGGCUGGGAGGGCUACUACUUCGGGGAGAACGGGGAGGUCACUUGGUACGAGAUCGGCAAGGCCAUCGGCCAGGCGCUCGUUCACCUGGGGCUCGCGGAUAGCGCUGAGCCUAGCCCUUCACCGACGAAGAGUUGGCCAAGUACUGGGGCUCGUGGUGCGUCGUCCGCGGGGCCCGCCGGCAGCUUUUCCGGGACGACCUGCCGCUGCCGCGCUGACCGCAUACGUGCGCUUGGCUGGAAGCCCAAGUACAGCAGCGCGGACCUGCUCGCGGUCAUCAAGCUCGAGACCGAGUUGCACUGGAAGCUUGCGCAGGAGAAGGGCGCGGUCGACUUCUCAUACGAGUUGGGCCGCACGAUGCUGUUGCAGAACGCGAUUGAGUCGAGCUAA